AUGCGACUUAAAAUUCCGCAACCAGUUCAAACCUGGUUCAACACCAGGCGGCACCUUCAGUUAGAGAAGGCAGAAGACCAGUCAGAUGAAAGUGCGUGCACUACAACCAUCGCCAAUCCAGUUAUCCUCGAGGCUAUCCAAAACCUCUGCUACGAAAUAUUCGCCUUGCCAGUGUGCACCACAGAGGCGAUAAAUGUUGCCCAAACAAUCUGCGGUCACAUCUACUAUUUUGCCCAAAGUACAAAUUCUGGCCUUCAGCAACUUGUAAUGGACCUGCUCCCAACCCUCUUACAUGUCUACCUCGUUAUAACAAGCGUAAGCGAACACUGUGCUAGACGUUCUUGUCUUGUAAUGCUAGCUCUACUUUCCGGCGGAUUGUCUUACGUGUGUGCCGACGAGCACGCAGCCACACGACCCUGCACCAUAUCCACCCCUUCCUCGCGGACAUUCCUCUCCUCUAACGGCAAGAGCAUGCGUGCUCGCAAGUCGCUGCGCGAACGUCUUAAGAAACCGGGUUCCUCAUCGUCGGCAGGGGGUGUGGCGACGACGACGACGCCCAAAUUUCGACGUCCCAUGGUCAGUUCUGCCGUCAAAGACCGAACACGCAGGAUCUUUGCGGGACUAACUCCCAACGCUGAAACGACCGGUGGUUCGACGGCAUCGUCGGAGCUCACUGCGGGCACUAACCUCGCCACACUCUCGGCCAUUCUCGAGGCUCUACUUCUUGGGCUGUACAAUACCUACGCCAGUCAGAAGCGAUUCGCCACGCCCUCGUAUUUCACCCUGCCGCCGUUCUCGGACGGUUCUGUCUUUUCGGGCCCCCUUCCGGUGUCUGAGGUGGUGCGACGGCGCGCUGAGGCCUUGGCGCGCUCGUCCGCCCACGAUUCCGGAUUGGUGGCGUGCCUCCUGGGUCCGUCGGGUCUGCGCGACCACAGCCUCCCUGAACGUCUGCUUGACGCCACCACGUCAACGCCGACGCCUCGACAGGGUUCACGCAGUUGGAAGAAUUUCGGACGACGUCGUCAUCGGCGUCACCAGCAUCGGCCGACGAGCCGCCACCGUGCCCGCGCCGAUCGACUGGACAUCGCCUGCAUCACCGCACCUCUCCAGUCAGCUGCCAUGCAGACGGCGAAGGAGGAAGAGGAGCUGGGGCAUGCUAGCCGAUUGGAUGGAAGAGAGGAGUCGGAGAACGCAAGCUCUCAGGACGUCCACAGUUGCCCACCUGUGGAGGAGGCUGAGGAGGGGGCAGUAGAUAGCGUCGUCGUGGAGGAGGAAGGCGGACCGAACGUUGGGGAGGAAGAGGAAGAAGAAGACGACGACGACGAAGACGUCUCGGCUUUGAGUGAAUUCCAAACAACCACCAGUACCCCCGAAGAACUCGCCAGCAACGGCUCCAUCUACUCGGACGACGAAGUUGUCGCCCUCGAAGAAGAAGAAGAAGAAGACAGUGGACUACGGCACAUUCCAAACACCUCGUCUCCUGUCUCCAACGGCCGACGGACACACUACGAGUCGAACUCCUCAAACGUCAAGAAACGUUUGCCCACUCUACUGAAUGCAAACUGCAACGAAACCUGUGAUGAAGUCCCCAGUGCGAGUGAGACUGAGGAGGAGGUGGAGGAGGACGACGACGACAACGUGGCAUUUGAAGUGGAAGAAGGAGAAGAUGACGGUGACGGUGACGACCUCGAGAUGGGAGACGCCGUGACGGCCAACAGCUGUCCACCAUCACCGGACGACCUCACCAGCGCCACUGCCUCUGACGCCCUUCCUUCUGCUCCACCGCCAUCACCACCACCCCCGCCGCCGCCUCCGCUUCCCCCAGCUCCACAACCACCGGCACCAGCCAGUCCACCCCCCGGAAAAGCCAAGCGGAAGACGAAAUCGACGUCGGUGAAGAAGGGGGAUCAGGUUGACCACUUCGAGGCCGCGCGCAGCACACCGCGUCCUCGCAUGUCACGCAUACCCUACAUUUGCUCGCAGUUCGUCAUUGACCUGCUCCCCGGACUGCACUACAUCCUGGCAACGCCGCAAGCCCAUCUCGCCGUCUCUGCGAUUCACGAACUCACGACGCGCGCAACCAUCGAACUCUGGUCCAAUGUCCUUCUUUUCGUCAACGGCGUCUCCAACAGCAAGUUCUUCCUCGACGCCGUUCACGCAAGCGCGGUUUCGCGCAAGAGUGGGUGCUGUGCGACAACUUCCAUCACCCAACUUGACCAGACCAACCAGUCGAACACCGCGACCUCGGCGGUCUCCGUUGAACAGUCUCCUGCGCUCUCCCUGGAUCCACUCCACCACCGCCAUCUUCCAAGGCCGUUUCCCCCCUCCUCUUCCGAAGACGAGCAGCAUUCCUUCGCGGGCGUAACUGGUCGUCACCCGUGCAAAACGGUCAUCACGAACGCCUCCUUUCAGACUGUCCGACCUGAAGAGGACAUCCCUCUUGUGAAAGUGCCUGGUCCGGCGGAGGUGGCGCCGCCCUCGUGGUUGCCACCGCCGACGCCGCCGCCUCCACAGCGAAUCCGCCCUAAAAGCCUCUCCCCGCGUCCGUCUCUCGCCUCACGCCGCCCACCCCAGACCCUGUCGCCCCGUGAUAUCUUUCUGCGCCUGAAUUGCACCAACUGUGGAACGUCGAGGACCCUGGAAGCACCCUCGCGCCACCGACCGCAGUCGUUUAAUGCUCGCCCCAAGAAUGUGCUCAUACGUGUGAACCUUGAUCGAAAUCCACAGUUAACAAAGCAGUCUGCAACCCUCUUCGCAUUGCUUAUAUUUUGCGCCGCCUUGAAAUUGCCUCGUUCGUUUGAUCUUUGCGGUUAA